GAUCUAUCGAAUAUAAGAAGUUACGUCUCUUUUCCCGUUCAUCUCUCUCUCUCUCUCUCUCUAUUUUAUCCCCUUUGCUCUCCGUCGUUCGCUGCUUACUCCUCCGCCGAUCCCGGCGGGGAUAUCUCUUCCCCGAUCUCAGCCUACUUUAUCUUCUCCGAUCUACGGCCUCAAAUUUUCACGGAUCCUUGACGGUGCCGUAUAUGCCGUCACCAAUACGCUCAGAUUUAUCUCAAUCGGCAACCUCCGAUCGCUUUUUAAAUCUUUUUAUAUUCUCUUUAAUUUAAACAUCAUCACAAAACUAUUUUAUUUUAUUUUAUCGAGAAAACUUUUUUUAUUAACUUCUGUCCGUAUCCGCUUAUUUUUCUCGACAAGUCAUGCGUUUGACGCUUUUCACCUCAGGUGAGACAUAAUUGACAUUUCUGCCCUUUCUUGUGAACAUUGACGAUUAUCACCACGUGCCAUCAUCUGAAGAAAAGUAAUCAAAUGAGUCAAAACCACCACGCGCAUACAGUUCAAACGACGGGCGCGUCGAGGAAACGCAAGGACACGACGGAGAGUGGUUUAUUAGAUUUUGAUCCAAGAGCCACUUCGGCUACAUCGAACUGGGUCUUGGCCGGCUACAUGGCUCACGAGUUCCUCACGUGCGGGACGAUGUUGGGCCGGAAGCUAUAUCCUGCAUGGGCUGAAGUUGGGCCGUUGGACACGCCGUCGCAGCAACAACACAGGGAAGUGAAGAAGAAGACUCACCAGAGCUACUCUGACGUCUCGAGUGUGUUCAAAACAGAUGGGAUCCAUAUUCCUGGUGUGGUCAACCCGACCCAGCUUGCUAAAUGGAUCCAGAUGUGACUGUAAUACUAAUAGGUACUUAUCAUCAUUGCCAUUAGCUUUUUCCUUUUAGUUAUGAGUUAUGAUCGUCUCUUUGGAUCUGUUAUGAUCUUUCAACAUGUUACUAAUAAUUUGACAAAUGUGUGCUACUCUUGUGUUUA